GAAUUAUACGUCAAAUCGUCAGUUGUCAAAAAUAAUUUUCAUCGACUAUGAAAUAUUUACGUUGAAUUGAAUGGUAAUUUUAAAACAAUUUCCUAAUUAUGGAUUCAAAAAUAUAUAUAUUUGUAGCAAUUGUCAUUUUUCAAUUUUCAUCUACAUUUGCCCAGUCAUAUGAAAAUAAUAGAUGUACCUGUGUUUGUCCAAGUACAGCUUCGGUAGUAAACAAUACUCAAAGUUCACUUUCAUCGCGAAAAUUAUAUAUAUCAAGUGUACCACCAAAUAAAUGCAAUUGCGUUGAAGUUGUUUUACCACAAGUAGUCGAAGUAAAAGAGAAAAGCAAAGAAUUUUGUCCAUUAUGUGAUUGUCGAUACGAAAACCGAAACACCACUAUUAUUAAGGUGGUCGUAAUUAUUGUAAUAUGGGUCAUAUCGUUAUUGGUAAUAUACAUGUUAUUCUUAAUAUGUUUGGAUCCAUUACUCAACAAGCGGGUUAAAGGAAAUUAUCAAGAACAUACAAACGAAGAUGAUGAAGCUACAACUGGUGCUGGUGGAAGUACAGCACAUCCUAUGGGUGUUCGAGGUAAUGUAUUGAACAGGGUUGGCCAUCAACAAGACAAAUGGAAGAGACAAGUAAGAGAGCAACGUAGAAAUAUCUACGACCGUCAUACAAUGUUAAACUAAUUUUUUAUUUUUCUUAAUUGUAAAUGGAUGUUGAAAAUUUUAAUUUCU